AUGGCGUGCUGCUAUCAGAUUGCUUUGGGAGGAGUAACAGCAGCUGGGGCCGCAUCUUCUUUUUCUGUAAAAUCAAAAUUUAAACCUCUUCGUGUUCUCAAAGCGGAGCAUCUCAAUCCCAUGGCUUCUGAUCUGUCUCCGGACCCGUCGGUCUUCCACGAUGGCUCUUCCUCCUCCUCCUUUCCCCGUCGUGACCUCGUUUUCAUCGUCAAUCCCCGAGGGGCUAAUGGGAGGACAGGCAAGGAAUGGAAGAAACUGCUUCCUUAUCUCCGGUCUCGCCUUGAGAAAAACUGUCCAUAUCAUGCAAUUGACAUUACGAGAGAGGCAAUAAGGGAGGGUGCUGAUGCUGUGGUUGCUGUUGGAGGUGAUGGUACUCUUCAUGAGGUUGUUAACGGAUUCUUCUGGGCUGGGAAACCUGUUACCAAUCACGAUAGAGAAGUUACUCGUUCAACUGCUCUAGGUCUCAUACCCUUAGGGACUGGGUCUGACUUUGCUAGAACAUUGGGCUGGUUAGUUGGUUCUACUGCAAUCUGGAUUAAUCUGAUGUGUUCAUUAUCACUUGCUUCUAUUAGGAAAAAUGAUCCUUUUGAAGCCAUUGAUCGAAUUACUAAAGGGAUGAGAUCACGGAUGGAUGUUGGUGUGAUUACUGGAGAAAGUGAAGAAUCCCAUUACUUCAUUAAUGUUGCUGAUAUUCAUUUGAGUGCCAAAGCUGGCUACUUUGCAUCACGAUACAAGAGAUUUGGAAACCUAUGCUACGUUAUUGGUGCUCUGCAAGCUUUUAUGGGGCAUAAAAAUCAAGACCUUAGAAUCAAGGUCAAUGAAGGUCAGUGGGAAACAUGUUCUCAAGUGACAGCUCUUUGCAUUGGAAAUGCUAAGUACUUUGGUGGUGGCAUGAAAAUUACUCCAAAUGCUGACCCUUCCAGUGGAAACUUUGAGGUUGUAAUUCUUCAGGACUUUAAGUGUGUGUUUUCUAUUGAAGUGGAAGACAUUUCUGGCAGUGGAAGCAUUUAUGUUCAGUCUGAUGGGGAACAUCUAGGGUUCCUUCCCAGGAAGUUUUGUAUUUUACCUUCUGCCAUUGAGAUGAUAUGCUGA